UGUGUGCGUAAAUAUAUAUCAUCCCGCUCGCUGUGUGGAUGCAAUAUACGGUGGUUAACCGUGCACACCGGCUGCGCACCAUUUGUCCCGCCGCCACGCUACCAUCAAUGUCUGCAAAGUUCUCAUCGCCGCCCAUCACCUUCGCCAUCUCUAUCGCUGUCGAAAACCCUCUAUCCGACCGCCGCAUCGCCUUCACUACCCCUCCAGUUUAUGCCAAGAGGCUAGCCGGCCUUCUCCAUCUCCGCGCCUGCACACCGGUCCCCAUCCCCACCGUCGCCGUUGAACCCACUCCGCGCACUAUCGCAUUCCUACGCCCAUUUUUCUCAAACAAAGCCCUAGAUCGCUUCUCUUCCCUCCUCUUCACUUCCCGUACAGGCAUCACCGCCGUCUCCCUUACCCUCGCCGAUGAUUCAACGCCCUUAGCUGAUUCGGGCGAACCCUUCAUUGUUGCAGCCCUCGGUCGCGACGUUGAUUUCCUGCACGAGAUUGGACUAAUUCACAAACUCUGCCGAAAUCCUCAUCGGAUUCAGGUGCUGACUCCCGAGGUCGCUUCGCCAUCGGGCCUCGUGGAGGCUAUUGGGGAGGGGUUUGGCCGUAGGGCUCUUUGCCCGGUUCCUGAUGUGAUUGAUUUGGAGGAGCCAUCGGUUGUGCCGGAAUUUUUGAAAGGGUUGGUGGCCGGCGGCUGGGCUCCGGUUAGGGUUUCUGCUUACGAAACAAGGUGGGCGGGAUUAGGUUGCGUGGAGGAUUUGGUGCGGGGUAAGCAAGGGGAUUUGGAUGCCAUUGUGUUUACGAGCACGGCUGAGGUGGAGGGAUUGGUGAAAUCGUUGGAGGUGUUGGGGUGGAGGUGGAACGAGUUGAGGAAGAGGUGGCCGGAGAUGGUGGUGGCGGCGCAUGGGCCGGUAACUGCAAAGGGAGCGGAGAGGUUUGGGGUAGUUGUUGACGUGGUUAGCUCCAGUUUUAGUAGCUUUGAUGGAGUUCUUGACGCUCUUGCGCUGAGGUGGGCGGGUUCAAGCUCAGGGGAAUGAUGUUUGAUGAUUGGUGGUACCCACGAUCCG